AUGAAACAGAAACUUCAGGACUUCAGGACUCCGACCAAAAUGAUGGUCCCGGGGAGCGGACCAGUCACCUCUGCUGAGCCACGGGAACCUGUCGAUCCGGCUCAGGUGCGAGAGCAUGGCAACUUAGAGUGCCGGAGAGAGGAAUACGUGACAGUUCACUGUCAGGAUCGGCAGGGUGAGUGGGCACGAUUCCUUCCCUGGGAAGUGUACGCCCAGAACUCCCUAAGUCACUCCUCCACUGGGUUGACCCCAUUCCAGUGUGUUUUGGGUUUCCAGCCGGCCCUGGCCCCGUGGACCCCGGGCCAGACCGCGGCUCCUGCGUUAGAUGAGUGGUUCCAGCGAACGGAGGACGUGUGGAGCGACGCACACGUGAGACUCCAGCGCGCCGUCCAUCAUCAGAAGGAACAGGCAGACCGCCACUGCAGUGAGACCCCUGUGUUCCAUCCUGGGGACCGCGUCUGGCUUAAUGAGGUGACAUACAGGUUACAACUACGCAGUCACUAUUGCAUCUCACUCCCUUUUCAUGUUUCCCUUCUCAUGCCGGUGGUUCCUGGUCCCCUUGCUGAGUCUGUCCCCCAUGACACACUCCCACCGACCCUGGACAUUGAGGAGGGUCCGGCGUACGCUGUCAGAUCUCUACUGGACUCCCGACAUUGUGGGGGUCUGCUCCAGUAUCUGGUGGACUGGGAGGGGUAUGGCCCAGAGGAGCAGUGUUGGGUUCUGGUGGAGGACAUUCUGGACCCCAACAUCAUCAGUGAUGUUCACCUUCGCAGCCCGGACCGACCUGCUCCUCGCUCUCGGGGUCGUCCCUCUGGUUGGCGUUGUCCUGAGAACCACUGUAGGCGUAUAAAGAUUCUGGGGGACUGUUACUACUGUGUGUCAGGUCUGACCCAACCCAAGGCAGACCAUGCACACUGUUGUGUAGAGAUGGGCCUGGACAUGAUCGACACUAUCACGUCUGUGGUGGAGGCUACAGAGGUGGAUCUGAACAUGCGUGUGGGUCUGCACACGGGCCGUGUACUCUGUGGGGUUCUGGGACUCCGGAAGUGGCAGUAUGAUGUCUGGUCCAAUGAUGUCACUCUGGCCAAUGUGAUGGAGGCAGGAGGACUGCCUGGUAAGGUCCACAUAACCAGGACUACUCUAGAGUGUUUGAAUGGAGACUAUGAGGUGGAGCCUGGCUUUGGCCAUGAUCGACAUACCUUCCUACAGAAACACAACAUUGAGACCUUCUUCAUAGUACCCUCCCACAGGCGAAAGAUCUUCCCAGGGUUGAUCCUGUCGGAUAUCAAGCCAGCCAAGAAGAUGAAGUUUAAGACAGUGUGCUACCUGCUGGUUCAGCUCAUGCACUGUAGGAAGAUGUUCAAGGCAGAGAUCCCCUUCUCUAAUGUCAUGACCUGCGACGACGAUGACAAGAGGCGUGCAUUGCGGACGGCAUCGGAGAAGGUGCGUAGCCGGACGUCGUUCUCGGGCUCCGUGCAGCACCCGCCUGGUACACGGGUUAACCGCUACAUUGGCCGGCUAAUCGAGGCUCGUCAGACAGACUCACAGACCACCGACCUCAACUUCAUCACACUCACCUACAGGAACACAGACAGGGAGCGCAGGUAUAACCAGGAGUAUGAUGGUAAUUUCAUCAGUGCAGUGAUUGUCUCUCUGGUCCUCGCUGCUCUCUUUGGCCUUAUCUAUCUUCUGAUGAUACCACAGGGACUGUUGGUGCUGCUGUUGCUGGUGAUGUGUUUGUGCUUCCAUGUGGUCUGUGUGAUGUAUCUUUACAUCACAAGUGUUCAGUGUUUUCCAGGGUGUCUCACCAUUCAGAUCCGAACAGCGCUCUGUGUGUUUCUAGUCCUGUUGACCUACACUGUCACCCAAGCAUGUGUGGUGAGCUGUUUACCCUGGGUCUGGAUUAUGGGAGGUAACUCUAGUAGCAGCUCCGUGGAGACUGUUUCCAUGGACACGCCGAGCGAGCCAGGGCCAAUGAACAGUACGGUAGCGGAGGGGGUGUGUCCGAACGUUUCCUACGCUCUCCUCUCCUGCGUGGCCGGAACUCUCACCGUCAUCCCUUACCUCCGCGUCUCCUCGCUACCUAAGAUACUCCUGCUCUUCCUUCUCUCGGUCCUUUACACCGUUGCCAUGGAGACCAGCGGGUACCGCAUCGCCGUGGGUUUGCUCCACCCUCGGCGGUAUGAUCCAGUGCUGGGUCUCCUGUUGUUUACUGUAGCUCUGGCUCUACACUGUAGACAACUGGACCUCAAACUACGCUUAGACUACCUGUGGGCCACUCAGGCAGAGGAGGAGAGAGGCGACAUGGAGAAGGUGAAGUUGGACAACAAGAGGAUCCUGUUCAAUCUCCUACCUGCACACGUUGCGCAGCACUUCCUCAUGUCCAACCCCCGCAACAUGGACCUGUACUACCAGUCGUAUAGUCAGGUAGGAGUGCUGUUUGCCUCCAUCGCUAAUUUCAAUGACUUCUACAUUGAGCUGGACGGCAACAACAUGGGAGUGGAGUGUCUCAGGCUGCUCAACGAGAUCAUCGCAGACUUUGACGAGCUGAUGGACAAAGAGUGCUAUAAGGACAUUGAGAAGAUCAAAACUAUCGGCAGCACAUACAUGGCUGCAGUAGGCCUGGUACCUACCACUGGCUCCAAGGCUAAGAAGUCCACCUCCUCACACUUAUGCACAGUGGCAGAUUUUGCUGUUGAGAUGUAUGAUGUACUGGAUGCCAUCAACUACCAGUCGUAUAACGACUUUGUCUUGAGAGUGGGUAUUAACGUGGGUCCAGUAGUAGCAGGAGUGAUUGGAGCACGGAGGCCUCAGUAUGAUAUCUGGGGGAACACAGUCAACGUGGCCAGCAGGAUGGACACCACCGGACUACCUGGCAAGAUACAGGUGACAGAAGAUGUGCAGCGCAUCAUUAAGGGUCAAUAUGACUUUGUGUGCCGUGGCAAGGUCAGCGUCAAGGGCAAAGGACAGAUGCUUACCUACUUCCUGGAGGGGCGGAUCCCCGGCAGAGGGUCACAGCACCAGCCCAGGAACCUGGAUCGCUCCCGGACAAGUCUUUUCAACCGUUCAGCCAUUAGCAACAUCUGCACCAAACUGAGCCCCGCCCCCACCAUGACCGUCUAUUCCACGAUGCGAAACCCCACCCCCGGCACAGCCACUGCAGCAACCACCUCCACAAACAGCACCAUCCUCUACCUGCCCUCUGUGGCUGUUCCCACGGCGAUGGAGGUGUGAGUGAGAGGCUGACAUGAAGACUGUCUCCAUAGUGACCAAGGAAUCUCCCUUGACAGAUAGAGAGUGGAGAUCAAGAGAGAGAUAGAGUAGAGCUGUUAGUAAGUCACUGAAAGUGAGAGUGAAAUUAGGGAUGAGAGAGAGAGAGGAAGAAGGAGCGGGUUCCACUUUACUGGACUGUCACUAGAGAAUGUGGUUCCACCUUACUGGACUGUCACUAGAGAAUGUGGUUCCACCUUACUGGACUGUCACUAGAGAAUGUGGUUCCACCUUACUGGACUGUCACUAGAGAAUGUGGUUCCACCUUACUGGACUGUCACUAGAGAAUGUGGUUCCACCCUACUGGACUGUCACUAGAGAAUGUGGUUCCACCUUACUGGACUGUCACUAGAGAAUGUGGUUCCACCUUACUGGACUGUCACUAGAGAAUGUGGUUCCACCUUACUGGACUGUCACUAGAGAAUGUGGUUCCACCUUACUGGACUGUCACUAGAGAAUGUGGUUCCACCUUACUGGACUGUCACUAGAGAGUGUGGUUCCACUUUACUGGACUGUCACUAGAGAAUGUGGUUCCACUUUACUGGACUGUCACUAGAGAAUGUGGUUCCACGGUGCAGACGGACAGAGAAAUCGUCCAGGACCCAGUCCUUUCUCUCUCUGUGAGGAAAUGGAACUUAAGGAUUUUGGUCACUGGCCAGCCGGGCUAGUAGACCACAAUUUCUACUAGCCAUAGGUCCUAAAUCUGUACCAUGCAUACUUCACUCGCAUGACAUUGCUUUCGUCUUACUUUACCUAAAGAUUCCUUCACAUUAUGUAACCAUUCCCUGGUCUUACCUUACCUAACCUACCAUUCCUUCACCUUAACUUACCUAACCAUUCCUUCACCUUACCUUUCCUAACCAUUCCUUCACCUUACCUUAUCUUACCUAACCAUUCCUUCACCUUACCUUACCUAACCAUUCCUUUGCCUUACCUUACCUAACCAUUCCUUCACCUUACCUUACCUUUCCUAACCAUUCCUUCACCUUACCUUAUCUUACCUAACCAUUCCUUCACCUUACCUUACCUAACCAUUCCUUUGCCUUACCUUACCUAACCAUUCCUUCACCUUACCUUAUCUUACCUAACCAUUCCUUCACCUUACCUUAUCUUACCUAACCAUUCCCUUCCCUUCCCCUUCCCUUCCCUUCCCUUCCCUUCCCUUCCCUUCCCUUCCCUUCCCUUCCCUUCC